GAGAGGGAGGAAUGAGCGCUAAGUAGCGAUAACAGACGGGCUGGGCUUCGGACGCAAAUGAAAUCAAACAGACCGGUGACAACGAGAGAAAAGUCCGUCGGGUGCACACGAACAACGGCGACCAAGAGAGGGAGAUUCGCUGGCUAGUAAUUACCAAACGGGGCGUUUGUCGGGCCUGAGACAAACAGAAGCCGUUUACGGUAGCCCUUUGCCGGGGUAUUUAGAAAAAAGAGAGAGAUGAGUAGACGAUACUGAUUGGAGUUGACAAGCCCGCUCCACUACUGAAUCCAUUCUCCCUCCCCCUCUCUCCCAAACCAGGAAAUCGUCGAGGUGUGCUUCUCUUUCCCUUGUUGGUUCUUUCAGACCCCGGUGUGGGCAGAUACAUGUGCAUAUUAUCGGGAUCGCCGCCUUUUGUUUUGUUUUGCUUCCCCAACUCGGCGGCGUCAGAGCUGAAAGAAAAAGGACAACGGGGGAGAGGACCCGCACUCUCGCCUAACAAUGAGUGAGUCGAGUAUCUGCCAGGCCCGGGCCACGGUGAUGAUCUAUGACGACGCCAACAAGAAGUGGGUCCCGGCCGGGACGGGCCCGCAGGUCUUCAGCAGGGUGCAGAUCUACCACAACCCCUCCAGCAACGCCUUCAGAGUGGUGGGCCGCAAGAUGCAGACGGACCAGCAGGUGGUGAUAAACUGUCCGAUCCAGAAGGGGCUGAAAUACAACCAGGCCACGCCCAGCUUCCACCAGUGGAGGGACGCACGGCAGGUGUGGGGGCUCAACUUCGGCAGCAAGGAGGACGCUGCGCUCUUCGCCAACGGCAUGAUGCACGCCCUGGAGGUGCUGAGCACCAUGCCAGACACGGGUUACUCCACCCUCCCCCGCCCUGUGCAGAAUGGACCAUCCCCAGAAGAGCUGGAGCAGCAGAGAAGGCUGGAGCAGCAGAGACAGGAGCAGCUGGAGAGAGAGCGCAUAGAGAGGGAGAGGCAGGAUGAGCACAUUCACACACGCGUGAACAUAUGAGCACACACACAAACAUUUUUUCAGCCUUCACUCCUUCGUCAGUCAUCUGUUCAUCUGCUCCGCCCCACAGCUGUUCCCCCAGCCCCGCCCCUGGCCCCCAGUGGCCCCCCGCCCCCUCCGGGCCCCCCGCCACCUCCCGGGCCCCCUCCCCCAUCGGGACCCCCGCCGCCGCCAGGGCCUCCUCCUUCAGGGGGACCCCCUCCUGCUCCCCCGCUGCCCAUGUCCGGGGGAGGCGGAGGUGGAGGAGGCGGAGGAGGAGGAGGUGGAGGCGGGGGCCUGGCUGCAGCCCUCGCCGGAGCCAAACUACGCAAAGUGCCCAAGGAUGACAGCGGCGUUGCGGCGCCGGCGCCCAAGGCGGAUGCCAGCCGCAGCAGCGCCUCUCUGCCGGGAGGGGGCGGGGGCGGAGGAGACCUCAUGGGAGAGAUGAGCGCCAUCCUCGCCCGACGGAGAAAAGCUGCAGACAAGGGGGAGAAGGCGCCCGCAAAGGUCGAAGAGCCCAGCAAUGAUGAUUCCGAGUCUCCAGAUACCCUCAGGAGACCUUGGGAAAAAGCUGCCACAAUACCCAGGAAUAACUCCAUCUCCAGGGGCAUGGAUACCACACCUGUCAGCCCCUCCCCUUCCUUGGUGUCCAGGGUGAAGCAGGUGAGCAGCAGUAACGAUGCAGGAGGUGGCGAGGAGUCCGAAAUGGAGAGAAUUAAACAGGAGCUGUUGGAGGAAGUUCGCAAGGAGCUGCAGAAAGUCAAAGAGGAGAUUAUCGGAGCAUUCAUUCAGGAGCUGCAGAAGAGAGGUUCCACAUAGUCCUGCUGGAGAUUUGGGAAGGGACGGAGGGAGGAGGAGAGAAAGGAAGUGAGACGGAUGGACCAGGAGAGCCGCCCAGUGGGGGGGUUGCGAUUCCUCCAGCAUAGCUGAGAGGAAGUCCCUUUGUCUGUCUUCUGUUGCUUUCUGACACACACAUGCACACAUACAUACACCUAAGCAACCCAGGGAGCACCACACACACACACACACACACACACGUGUGUGCGCAUAUCCACACAAAUCCCCGGACGAUACCAUCUCCCCCUCUGCUGGGAAUAUACCCUCCCGCUCUCUCUGACCUCUCCCCCCUGUCCCUUGCCAUCAGUAAGCAUCUUUUUCACACCCAUUCUUAAGAGCCACUGCUGAGCAGAGUCACAAACAUGCUUUCCAACUCCCUGUCUCCAUUGCUCUCUCUGUCUCUCGAACAUAUCUCUCCCCAUAUCACCUGCCCCAUUCUCCUGUCUAGCAGCACCUCUUCCUUUUUACCAACUCAUACUUGAGUCUACAGUAUUCAGGUAACGCCAUAUCAUUCUAAAAUAUAGCCACACUAACAAUGCGCUAACAUGGCUGGCAUUGUAGAUUCCUCUUUCCUCCUCACCUGAUUGAGCUACUGCCUCAGACUCAGCCUUCAGAAUAAAGAUCAAACCCAUUCAUCUGCUGAGCAGCCUGGGGUAACGUGGCCCAAAGCGCUGUCUGCUCUCGCUGUAGAGGGGAGGAGCCGAAAGCCGAGGAAAGAUGGUAAUAAGACUGGUAUGUAAAGAAGAGGGGAGCUGCAGAUGCGUGUCGAGGACAUGCACUGUGUUUGCGCAGGUCUGCGCAGCCUGGCACCAAAACGGCCCCAGCAUCUGCGUGUGCUGUCUGUCUGAUCCUGUCACCUGCUCUCCUCCCAAACACAGCAGCCCACGCCUCUGCUUCUCUUAAUUCUUUCUUCCCUUUUGAGGUCUGUUUUAUAAAUAUACAUUAAAAUAUGGAAAAAAAAAACUUGGCUCUGACCAAGUCUGUUAACUGCCUUGGAGAAUAUAUAUAAUAUAUAUAUAUUUGUUUUUGAGGGAAAAUGAAAAGCAAAAAAUAAGAUGUUUCUAUUUUAAUUGAGAUUACUGGUGA